UUAAAGGAGGGAAUGAUAUUAUAUCUGUUCUGUGUCGUUACACUGAAUUCUGUUCAUGUGAGGAGGAUCAUGAUCAACUCCACGCAGGUUUCAUAUUUCAUACUUAGUGCCUACUUUGACACCGGGUUGUUUAAAUACUUGAUUUUCAUGAUUGUUAUGUUUUUAUAUAUGUUAAUUGUUGGUUCCAACCUUCUGCUGAUUGUGGUGAUCUGUAUGAACAGAAGCUUACAUGAACCUAUGUAUCUUUUUCUCUGCAGCCUGUUUGUAAAUGAACUGUUUGGUAGUACAGGGUUGUUUCCAUUCCUUCUGCUUCAGAUCCUCUCUGACAUUCACACUGUUUCUGCUCCACUUUGUUUCCUGCAGAUUUAUUGUUUGUUCCUUUAUGCUACUGUGGAAUUUUUCAAUUUAGCCGUCAUGUCUUAUGACCGAUAUCUUGCUAUUUGUUAUCCUCUACAAUAUAACACACGUAUGACAUUUAACAAGAUUACUGUACUUCUUGCUGUUAUAUGGUCCUAUGCCUCUGUUCUAUGUGUUGUUCCAGUCAUAUUGAGUGUCCCUUUACAGCUGUGUGGGAACAUCAUUAACAAAGUCUACUGUGACAACUACCCCAUUGUCAAACUGGCCUGCUCUGAUACAACAGCCAGCAACAUCUAUGGACUCAUUGCUACUUUCCUCACAGUCUUUGUCCCGGUAUCUCUAAUCUUUUACUCUUACAUGAGGAUCUUUAGAGUUUGUUUCUCUGGUUCUAAACAGACCAGACAGAAAGCUGUCAGCACCUGCACACCUCACCUCGCUUCUCUGCUCAACUUCUCUUUUGGUGUUUUCUUUGAAAUAUUACAGAGCAGAUUUAAUAUGAACGGUGUUCCCAACAUGUUAAGAGUGUUUUUAUCAUUAUACUGGCUGACAUGCCAACCGCUCUUCAACCCUUUUCUUUAUGGUCUGAAUUUGUCAAAAAUCAGAAUCCUAACCAGAAAUUUGAUUUUUCUUUGAAUGUACAUCUCUUACGAUCAUCCCGCAGAUUUUCAGCUUUGAUUUAAAUUUGUUGUGCUUUACUAAUACUAACUUGCCAUCGGAUGGAUUAUAACAGAAAAUGACUUAUUGUGUAUUGUUGAAACUGUUUUGCUUGUAGAAAUAAAGGGAACAUUUAGAUUCAACAUGAGUGAUAAUCAUGAUUUACAGUCUUUUAAAUUACUUCAUUAUAUUCCA